CCCUAAUGUAUGUAAGGUUUCCUCAACUGUUUCAGGAAAGUAUCCGGCGUGUUGGCCGUAACCCCUCAAACAUAUGCUGCUGGCGACGUAUGAAAGCAGCCGACACCUCGCGGUUUGUAAAAGUUAAUCACCAAAUAUGUUUAUCAUGUUUUUCUUUUGAAAAAGUUACUCAUCACCCUGAUCUCUCCUACUGCUAUUUUUUUUCAGGCUCUUUGGGGCACACUAAGAAAUUGUAAUUAAAUUCUCACCUGCUACAUGGAAUUGCCAAGAUAUUUUCUCAAAUCAUUAAACCAACAUUCCUAUGGUCGACUUUUCGGUUCCAUUUUGGCUCAUCUACUAUCUUCAUGGAAUCGGGACAAUUUCCCUGCUCUUCGACGCUUUCUCUGUGUAUUUGGUGAUGUUCAAAAGCAGCCAGAUUGAUAAUUUUCGGUUUUUCCUGCUCAAUUUUCAGAUUGCCUGCUCCGUUACAGAUUUUCAUAUCACUUUCCUCAUGCAACCGGUGCCCCUUUACCCUUUAAUGGGUGGGUAUGCCCUUGGAUUUCUGCCAAUGAAAUUUGGAGUUUCAUUACAUUCGUGCUUGACAGCUGUAGUGUUCCUAUACAUCUACCAAGUCGCUAGCAUGAUAGUUUGCUUUGUUCGGAAAAAUCAAUCAAUUGCCGGGACACUGACAUCUUUUGCUAUUCCGGCUCUAUUGAUCAUAUUUCUAGUAGGAUUUCUGGCAGUCUACACGUUUUCAGUAGUUGGAAUGUAUUUUUGCUCGGGUAUUACAGAGAAUGAGAAGAUGAAAUUUGUUGAGGAGAACCUUCCCGAGUACCUCUCAUCUUUUCAAUCCCUCCCGAACUUCUCCAUCUACCAAGCCAACGCCCUUCUCUUUAUCAUGGUGAUUACUGCUGUCAUUGGCGGCCUACUAGCCUUCUCCUUCUUCAUGGCAGUUUUGUAUAACAUUUUUCGAAUGUUAAGUUUCAUGAAAGUUCAAAUGUCUGACACCACUUAUAAGAGACACCGAGCCGCCGUAUGGAGCCUGAUUGCACAAUUUGCCACGUCGAUAAUUUGCUUUUUACCACCAAUUUCUCUGGUUUUCGUAGUGUUUUUGAAGCUACCUAAUCCUCAGGUAAUCGUGGAGCUUCUCCUCGUCGUCGCCUGCCUCCACUCGCCCGCCAACGUGACAGUGCUGAUGUUCACGUUUCCGCCAUACCGGAAGUUUGUCUGUGUGACUAUUUUCAGGCAAAAGCCAACAGGAUUGGAACCGAUAUCUGCAAAGUCUUCAGUGAUGGUUUCACACUUGGCAAAAUAAAAUUGAGAUUAAAAAAAAACCUGAUCCUAAAAUGAAUAUAUUUGCAGCUGUCACCUAGAACACAAAGUUAACUUCAGAAUCAAAAUUUGUAUAGAACCCGAAAAAUUUCUGAUAGCCUGAUUAUCAUUGAAAGCUUAAAAACGCUAGCCCGAACGCCACAGCUCGUUUGUAGUUUGUGGCGUCACAAACUACAAACACUACAAACUAUAAACCAGCACGUGGUGUCAGACUGUCCCAUAACGGUUUGAUCUACAAAAAAUGCGGGAAUUGUUUCCCCAAACAAAUGGGGCGUCAGCAUGCAAAAUCAGUUAGAUUUGAGUAGAUCAAAUAAAACCGAGAUGGGACACUCUGACACCACGCGAACUCGUGGAAGCUUUUAUGCAGUUGAUGUUUCCAAAAAACUCCCGCCAGCUUCCCGAGCGCACAUUGAAAAAAGUGUGACUAGACUUCCACCUGUUCGAGAAAAGUGACAACGGCUCAUUUACUAUUACCACAUAAUCGGCGUAGUUUCCUUGCUUUUCGACGCUUUUUCGGUGUAUUUGGUAAUGUUCAAGAGCACACGAGUCGAUAAUUUUCGGUUUUUUCUGCUCAAUUUUCAGAUAGCCUGCUCUUUUACAGAUUUUCAUAUCACUUUUCUGUUCCAACCAGUCCCGCUGUACCCGUUAUUGAGCGGAUACGGUCUUGGAUUUCUGCCCACUUACCUAGGAAUCUCUACACAUUCUUGCAUGACAAUUGUGGUUUUCCUGUACAUCUACCAAAUUGCUUGUAUGAUAAAUUGUUUUAUUCGGAAGAAUCAAGUGAUAGCCGGGACACUGACAUCGUACGCUAUUCCAGCACCACUUGUCAUACGUCUAGUGAGCUUUAUGGCAGCUUACACGAUUACAGUGGCUGGAAUGUACUCUUGUUUGGGUGUUGCGGAGAGUGAGAAGAUGAAAUUUGUGGGGGAGAACCUUCCCGAGUACCUCUCCUCCUUCCAAUCCCUUCCGAACUUCUCCAUCUACGAAGCCAACUCCCUCAUCUUUAUAGUGGUAAUCACUGCUGUCACGGGCGCUUUCAUCGCCUUCACCUUCUUCACGGCAAUUUUAUAUAACAUUUUUCGAAUGCUGGGCUUUAUGAAACUUCAAAUGUCUGCAACAACUUAUAAGCAACACCGCGCCGCCGUUUGGAGCUUGAUCGCUCAAUUUGCCACGUCGAUAAUUUGCUUUUCGCCGCCGAUUUUUCUAGUUUUCGUCGUAUUUUUCCAGCUACCUCAUGCCCAGGUAAUCGUGGAGCUUCUCCUCGUCGUCGCCUGCUUCCACUCGCCCGCCAACGUGACAGUACUAAUUUUCACAUUUCCGCCAUACCGGAAAUACGUUUGUGAGAUUGUUUUAAAGCAAAAAUCCACUAGAUUGGGACCCAUUUCUGCGAAUACAUCAGUGCUGGUUUCUCAUUUGGCAAAGUGAAAUCGGAAUUUUUAAUGCUAAUUUUGGAAAGUCUUAUAACUAGGCCUAAUUUGUUUUUUCUGAAUUUUUCUUCUGGAAUUCAUUUUCGUCCUCCUUCUCCCUCCGCCGAGCCUAAGCUUUAGCCAGAACCAAGGGGCCUAAGCAUACGCCUAAGCCUGAGCCUAAGCCUAAGCGUUAGCCUAAGCCUUUUUCUAAGCCUGAGCCUAAGCCAAUUAGGCUUAACUAAACAGCUCAUUAUUAAAAAAAAUUUAAAUUUAUUUCGACAAAGGACACGGAACAUGAACUUUUUAGUGAUAGAAUGUCUGACAGACACUUAGAAUUAACGAAAUGCCUUCUCGUUUUAAGGGUGCAAUUAUGAGCAACCUAUUCGUAAUUUUUUUUUCUCCCAGACAUCAGACUUCUGCAUCAAAAAAUACCUCAUUUCCUAUGUUUGAUAUAAAUUUCUCGAUAGCUUAUUGGCUGUCCACUUAUUAUCACAUAAUUGGUGUAAUUUCUAUGAUAGUGGAUUUAUUUUCUAUUUACCUAAUAUUAUUCAAAAGUAACAAACUCGACAAUUUCCGCUACUUCCUGCUCAAUUUCCAGGUGCAAUUAAAUUUUGAAAAAAAAAUAAUUUUUAGAGAACAUGAUUUUCAGAUUACAUGUGUUUUUGCGGAUAUUUGCGUGGCGUUUUUGUUCCAGCCAGUUCCGUUGUAUCCCUUGUUGGCUGGGUAUAAUAUGGGGAUUGGGGUCCGGUAUGGAGCAAGUUUGCAUGUUGGAAUAGUGAGUGUGCGGCGCGGAACCCAAAAAGUGUCGGGCGUUGCAAAAUAUAUUUCUCCACGCGAGUCUCGAUCAAUGUCGGCUGCGGACUCACCAAAUUCAUUUUAUUUUCAAUUCUUUUUUCAGGCAUGUAUAACCUUCCUACUUUGUUAUCAAAUAGGAAGUAUGAUUAUUUGCUUUGUCCAUAAACAUCAAACAAUUGCGGGGACAUUGAAAAAGUUCAAUAUUCCAAAAUAUUUAUUGAUUCUCAUGUUUGCCUAUUUCCCAGCCUACACCGUCAGUGUCGCAAGCAUUUAUUCCAGGCUCAGUGUUCCGGAAACUUUGAAAUUUGGAUUUGUAGCCACUACGUACCCCGACCUGUUACCCGAGUUCAAGUCUCUUCCCAACUUUUCCAUCUACGAUUUCUCCGUGCAUUUUAAAAUUUUCAUAAUCUACGCAAUCACCGGGGGAUCUAUUGGAUUUAUUGUUUUCAGCUUAGUCUUAUUAAAUAUUAUCCGUAUGCUCAGCCAGCUCAGACUGAAAAUCUCAAAGUCAAACUACCAAAAGCACCGGAACGCAAUUUGGAGCCUGUUGGCUCAAUUUGCAACGUCAUCGACAAUUUUUCUACCGCCAAUUGUAUGUAGUUUUGUCAUUUUGCUGGGGUUUAAUGGGUCUCAAGUAAUCGUAGAAACAUUUCUGGUACUUGCCUGUCUUCAUUCUUUGCUCAAUGUAUUGGUUCUCGUGGUCACCUGCCCGCCUUAUAGGAAAUUUGUGAUAAGUUUGGUUAGAAAAAAACCCCGAGGCAUCAUGGACUAUCUACAAAACUCCUGAAAAACUCCAUAGUUAUAAUUAAUGUCAAUAACUAAUUUUGUUGGAUGUGUAAUUUAUUCUCUCAAUUAUUUUGUAUUUAAAAUUUUUGAAAUUUUCCAAUGGAGUUCAGUUUUUGAGCUCCAUCCCUAAAA